AUGGAAGUGUCCUGUCUGUCAUAUGAGUUAUCUGAACUCUGUCUCGGUAAGCCGCCGCUGAAGUCGAUUUCGACAUCGGCUACUGUCGCCGAGGUAAUUGAAGUCCUGAGAAGCUCCGGCGAGAGUUUCGUCAGUGUUUGGAACGCUGAGUUCUCUGAAUGUGUGGGGAAGGUGGAUGGGCUUGUUGUGCAUCUAGAACCUUCUUCCAGCGUAUUGGAGGCAAUUGAUCUGAUACUUGAGGGAGCACAAAAUCUUGUGGUGCCAAUUGUGCAAACAAGAAGAGGUGGCAUUUCAAGGAGAAAACAGCAUCAGAAGUCAUCAACAAUCAGCGGCAUCAACGGGGUUGAGUUCUGUUGGUUAACACAAGAGGAUGUAAUCAGGUUCUUGCUUGGUUCCAUUGGCCUCUUCGCUCCGCUCUCUGCACAAUCCAUUUCUGAUCUUGAUAUCAUCAGCUCUGACGUGGUUGCCAUUGAUUACUAUUCCCAUGCGUCUUCCGUUGUUGAAGCCAUCACAAAGUCCCUUGCACAACAAACUUCUGUUGCUGUUGUAGACAGUGAUGGAACAUUCAUCGGCGAGAUAUCGCCCUUCACGCUUGCUUGCUGUGAUGAGUCAGUUGCGGCCGCUGUCACAACUUUGUCUGCAGGGGACUUGAUGUCCUACAUUGACUAUGGCGGCCCGCCAGAGGGUCUGGUUAGCGUUGUGAAGGCGAGGUUGAAGGAGAAGAAUUUGGAGAAACUGCUACAGAAGUUUACAACUUUGACUUCUCUCACAGGUGAUUUGUCGGCCUCGUCCUCGUCUGAUGAGGAGAGUCCGGCGAGGAGUUUGAAUAGGCCGGGAAGGUACGCAAGGUCGUCAAGUUACUCGGCGAGAUUUGUGAGGAAGGCAGAGGCUAUAGUGUGUCAUCCAAAAAGCUCUUUGAUUGCUGUGAUGAUUCAAGCAAUUGCUCAUAGAGUGAACUACUUGUGGGUUAUUGAUGAUGAUUGCAGCUUAAUUGGCAUUGUUACUUUUUCUAAUAUCUUGAAGGUGUUCAGAGAACAUACAGAAAUGAUUUAG